AUGCUGAAAGCCUCGACAGCCAUGCGUGCCGCCGCCAGCGUGCACAAGAUGGUGCCCGCCCUCGCGAGGCUGCCCUCGCUCACUGUGGCGACGGCCGCUUUCCGUGUGUCCCCUAUGACUACUUUCGCGGCUCCCUGCUUCGCUCCUGCGGUGCCUCGGUAUGUGUGCAUGGCCGCCGCUGUGGAUGAGGCCACUGAGGAGGACCUGGCCAACUCUUCCUCCAUCUUCAUCUCCAACCUGCCUUGGGCCGUCGACAACGACGUCCUCGGCUCGUUCCUGAGCGACGAGAUCGGCGGCGUGACGCGCGUCAGCGUGAUGAUGCGCGACGGCCGCUCCCGCGGCAUGGCCAUCGCUGACUUCGAGCGCCCCGAGCUUGCGCAGAGCGCCGUGCAGAAGCUGCACGAGACCGACCUGGAGGGCCGCACCAUCAACGUGCGCAUCGCCACGCCCCGCGCCCCCCGCCCGGCGCGCGAGUACGGCGACCGCCCCCAGCGCGACUACGGGGACCGCCCCCCGCGCGGCGACCGCUACGGCAGCGAGGGCGGCUACGAGCGCCGCGAGCGCAGGGAGCCGCGCGGCGACAGGCCCCAGCGCAACCCCGACGCCCAGCUGUACGUGGGCAACCUCAGCUGGAGCACCACGUGGCAGGAGGUGAAGGACGCGUUUGCCGAGGCGGGCCACCCCGUGGCGUUUGCCGACGUCAAGACGAGCCCCGACGGCCGGUCCCGCGGCUUUGCCGUGGUGGCCUUUGACGACGCCGAGUCUGCGGAGCGCGCGGCAGAGACGCUCAACCAGUCGGACCUGGGCGGCCGCCGCAUCAACGUGAGGCGCUUCAACGUGGAGAACCGCAGCUCGGAGGGCUACAACAACAGCGACAACCGCAGCUACGAGUAG